AUGCGCGACGCGGUAAUUUUGGUCUUUGCCAACAAGCAAGACAUAGGCGAAGGUACGAACCUCGUUGGUGAUCAGCGAUGGCAAUGGCUGACUAGGCUGUAG